AUGCCGCCGCAGCUCGCGUUCUUGUUCACCAAGAUCACCCCUGAGCAAAUGAUUUAUAUGUGGAAUGUUCUGACCACGAUCUUCAUCGUUCAGUGCCUGAUGAUCCUGAGCUAUUGCUUUGCACUGGCAUCAUUCCCAGAUCAUUUCUGGACCUGCACACUCUGCUUCGCCGUGCCCUUUGCAUACAUCUGCAUCCAGCAAAUCUAUAUCGAUCACGACGUGAUGCAUGGCGUUACCUUCCCGCCGUACGAGUUCCAGAAAUUCCUCACGCACCCUUUCUCGGACUUCCUGUCACUUCCCUGGGAGGAGUUUGUUUUGGAGCAUGCGCGCCACCAUGCAAGCACUGUGGAUCUGCUGAUGCAGGGCGAGUUUGGUUGGGACCCCGAGGAGUUCCACUACACGCUGCAGCAGUGGGCAGGACCCAUGGGCCCUAACUGGUACAAGUACCUGCUGACCGUUCCAUGGAUCCCGGUGAUCCAUUUUUUCGGCCUCAAUGACACAGGCUCGCUUUUCGCUUUGGAGUGGUGGAUGAGCUUUCCAGAGGCCGACGCCAGCGGUAAAUGCAACAAGGAGUUUUGGUCGAAGUGGUUCCCGCGCCGCGUGAAGCACAAUGCCUUUGUGUGGUUCAUGUGGACCCUGGUCUGGCUCUUGGGCACCUACCCCCUUGGUCGGCCGCUCAGCGAGGGUUGGCGCUUCGUCUUGCCGGUGACAUGUGCUGCACGAACUGGCUUCUCACUGGCCUGGAUGUUCAUUACCAACUUUACCCACAGUUUGCCGUGGAACAAGUUCUUGGAGAACGAUCCUGGCCGCACGUGGCCAGUGCUCCACAACGUUAUGGCGCUGGCCGUGGGAGGCAAGCACCGCUGGAACGAGAUGCUCUUCCAUGACGUCCAUCACGCCUUUCCGAAUGCUCUUGGCACCGGGCCUCUGGUUGACUUGCGUUUACAUGUUACAUGUUUGGCACUAGGUGUUCAAUAUGCGGAUAUGCCGAUGAAUCAACAUGGACGGAGCUUUUGUGGCUGCUAUUACGCUGUUCGCGAAUGUGACAACCCCUGCCGCAGUCACAACCACCAUUGGCGCCGACUCCGUCACUGCUCACUUCCACCAUGCGCAUCACCGCUGCAGUGGCUACAGCCACUGCACGGCAUCACCGCCAACACUGGCAAUGCUACUGCCGCCGCCACCGCCACAUGCCAUUACCGCCGCCACCAUCACCAAUUCUACACCUUCUCAAUCCCCAAAGAUGCCAUACGUUUGCUCAUCUAA